AUGGGUUCUGCGGAGAGAGAUCGUCUGAACCAAGAUAAACUUCGGGAGAAGGACUGGAAAAGAUGGGGACCGUAUCUGUCCGAGCGACAGUGGGGGACAGUCCGGGAGGAUUAUUCAGAGGACGGAGACUGUUGGAACCAUUUCCCGCACGACCAGGCGAGAUCUCGCGCGUACCGAUGGGGCGAGGACGGCCUGCUGGGGAUCUGUGACCGGAAGUGUCGCCUCUGCUUGUCUUUGGGAUUGUGGAACACGAAGGACGCUAUCCUUAAAGAACGCCUAUUUGGCCUGACAGGACAUGAGGGUAACCAUGGGGAGGACGUGAAGGAGCUGUACUACUACAUCGAUAGCACGCCGACACACUCCUACAUGUCCGCCCUGUACAAGUACCCCCAGGCCGCCUACCCCUACCCAACGCUGGUGGAGAGCAACAAGAACAGGUCGGCCGCAGAGCCAGAACUGGAAAUCUUAGACACGGGCGUGUUUGAUAACAAUGAGUACUUUGACGUGCUUGCCGAGUACUGUAAAGCCACCCCUAACAACAUACUCGGACGUUACGUCAUCACCAACAGGGGUCCCGCUCCCGCCACAGUGCACGUGCUGCCCACGCUCUGGUUCCGGAACGUGUGGUCUUGGGGCGAAGAGUGUUACUGUUAUGAAGAACAAAAGCCCCAUAUGUCUAAGGUAGCCGAAGGAAAAGUAGUAUGUCAGCACCCUACCCUAGGCAGUCCAAAGAGCCACUCCAAAAGAAGGAGCAGAAGUAUAACAGACCUCUUAUCUGACGUCACACCAGGUGUUUUUUACUUCGAGGUGGACUUGGAUCAACAUGGUAACAGUCCCGAUUUGUUGUUUACCGAGAACGAUUCGAACUUAGAACGCCUGUUCGGCAGUGUAAAUACUACCAACUACGUCAAGGAUGCAUUCCACUACUACGUCAUUGACGGUCAAACAGAAAAGGUGAAUCCCGCCAAAGAAGGAACAAAAUGUGCAGCGCAUUACAAACUCCACCUGGCGGGAGGCGAAGAGGCCGUCAUCAGAGUGAGGCUUUACAAUGAAAACGAGGCUACAGUGAAUGGUUUUUCACACAGCGAAUUUGAUGAGAUGUUUGAACAAAGACAAAAAGAGGCUGAUGCAUUUUAUAAUCAGGUGAUCCCGAACCGUCGUCUGUCGGAUAGGACUAUUGUGAGACAGGCGUACGCUGGCCUGUUGUGGAGCAAACAGUUUUAUUAUUACGUCAUCAAACACUGGCUGGCGGGAGACAGUGCACAGCCCCGACCCCCGGCCAUGAGAGAAAAGGGACGCAACUCUGACUGGAAACAUCUGUUUAAUCGUGACGUCAUCUCUAUGCCGGAUAAGUGGGAGUACCCAUGGUAUGCCUCGUGGGACCUUGCCUUCCACAUGAUUCCCAUGGCCAACAUCGACAUCAGUUUCGCCAAGGAACAAAUCUUGCUGCUUUUGCGGGAAUGGUAUAUGCAUCCGAAUGGUCAGAUUCCGGCCUACGAGUUCUGCUUAGAAGAUGUCAACCCUCCCGUACACGCCUACGCCUCACUGAAGAUAUAUAAAGCGUCUGGACCAAAAGGCAAGCGAGACGUAGUAUUCCUAGCCAGGUGUUUCCACAAACUGAUGCUCAAUUUCACAUGGUGGGUUAACCGAAAAGAUCCGUCGGGAAGGAACAUUUUCUCGGGCGGAUUUCUAGGACUGGACAACAUCGGCAUAUUUGACCGGUCCAAGCCCCUCCCUACCGGCGGACGUCUGGUGCAGGCGGACGGUACGGCUUGGAUGUCUUUCUUCUGUUCCAUAAUGCUGGAGAUCAGCCUCAUUCUCGCCAAACGCGACCCUACUUACGAAGACAUGGCCAGCAAGUUCUUCGAGCACUUUGUCGCCAUUAUCGACGCCAUUAAUCAACACGGGAAUGUAGGUCUUUGGAAUGAAGAGGAUGGUUUUUAUUACGAUCACGUAAAGGACAAAAGAACGACCUACCCAUUAAAGAUCAUGUCCGUGGUUGGAGUUGUUCCCCUUUUCUCGACCUUGGUGUUGAAGUUCUCGGAUAUAAAGAUACAUUCGCACUUUUACAAGCGAACUAAAUGGUUUCUAAAACAUAGGAAGGAUCUUACCAAACGUAUAUCAUUUUUCUGUCAGGAGGGGCAAGAAGAGGCCAUACUUUUAUCGAUAGUCAAGAAAGAACAACUGAAACGGGUUUUAACACAUAUCCUGAACGAGGACGAGUUCCUCUCCCCCUACGGUAUACGAUCACUGUCAAAGCGCCACCUGGAUACCCCGUUUAAGCUGGACGUUAACGGGACGACACACAGCGUACAGUACGAGCCCGGGGAGUCGGAGACGAACAUGUUUGGCGGGAACAGUAACUGGAGGGGUCCUAUCUGGUUCCCGUUGAACUACCUGCUGAUAGAAAACCUCUACCGGUUUGAUUACUACUACGGCGACAGUCUCAAGGUGGAGUGUCCAACAGGUUCCGGUCGUCUUCUGCGCUUGCGCGACGUUGCGAGGGAGUUGUGCGAGAGACUGGUGUCACUGUUUGUCCCCGACAAGGACGGACGAAGACCUUGUCACGGGGAGGACAAAAAAUAUUCCACUGAUCCCAAUUACCGGGAUCUGGUACUGUUUUACGAGUAUUUCCAUGGCGACACAGGGAGAGGCUGCGGCGCAAGUCACCAAACAGGCUGGACGGCCCUCGUGGCGAGCCUCUUCAAACAAAUACAGCAGCACUCAGUCAGCGCGACCGGAAGUCUGUGUGACAUCAGCUCGGAGGGAGAAGCUUGGUGACUUGACUGAGAGCAUGUGCAUCGUCAUUUCUCAGAGAGAGGCGUGAUGACGUCACUGAGAGCCGUAUGACGUCAGGUUUGCGGGAGAAUCAUUAUGACGUCACUGAGAGCCGUAUGACGUCAGCAUUGCGGGAGAAUCAUUAUGACGUCACUAAUUGCCUGCGUGACGUCAGCUCAGAGGGAGAGGCGUGAUGACAGCUUUUGUCACUUUUAGUUUUGUGAAGUCAGUAAUUAUGAUUAUAAUUAUUUGAUUCUUAACGGCCCACGAACACAAAAGAAAUCAUGAGGGACAAUAAAAAGUGGAUAAAGGAAAUAACAGCAAACGAACGAAAAGUUAGCAGACAAACGUCAACUUGAAAAGUCAAGUAGCUAUGGUAGUAAUAUGUUUUUGAACAGACCGACAGUUUUUAAGUAGGUUAGAAUUGUAGAGAUAUUUACUGUUUCGAAAAGAGAUUUGAGAUCUGUUGUAUUGUUAUAAAAAUUAUCAUGUCGGCUGAAGGUUAAUACAAUCUUAUAACAAGUAUUUUACAAUAAAUGGUUCGUGACAUGCUAUGCCUUGAGGCUGGUCUUCGCUUUUCAAUAAAUAGGAUUGGGUAAUGUAUGAAUGACCAAACGGAAACGGCCAAGGACAACCUCAUCUCGGCGGUUUUCUCUAUACCUGUGAUACCAAUCACCGGGUUUAGGCUUUACAGAGUGUAAUCUGUUGUCUACACGUCGAUUCCAAUUAUUUUGAAACUUUGACCUUACACUGUUUGUUAUUAACGGAUUAAAAUCUGCAAUAUAAAGUUUAAAAUCAACAGGUGGUAGUAAUAAAACAUUUGCCUUUUCAUUACCUGGUGUUCCCACAUGAUUGGGAACCCAGCAUAAUCAACGUUUUGUUCCGAAGCCUCUGUAGAACCGUUAAGCAAUCAGAAUAGAUUAUUGACUUCAUUACACCAUUUGAUUUAAUGCAUUCAAGGGCAAGAUAGAUAGCAUGGGCGUUUGGUGGCCGGCAUCAAAUGGCGGCAUCUGUUACAACCAUGGCUUUCUCGACCUUAUGGUCAUUUUUUGGACCAUUGGUAUAAAGGAUUGAAAUUCUUUACAUUUCAGCUGCAAUUUCGGAAAGGAUGAACGAAAGACGUGAAAUGGAGUGAAAAGUCAACCUCGGGCGAAAUCAAAAGCUAUAGGGGAACACCAAUUGUUUCGAAUGAUAGGAUAGCGUCAACAUUAAUAUUUGGGCGUUUUCCAAGGGGGACGAAAUGCGAAUACCAAAGGUUUGAGUACUGUUUGCUUUAUUUUUGAUUUAUAGUUUCAUUAUUUGGUUUAACUAUAAGUGAAUAGACUUGAUUUGGAGGAUAUCUUAUUUCAAUUAAAUUGUAAAUGGCAAUGACAGUUUCUCUUGUGACGUCAGCAUUGAAGAAAGCGUGUUAACGUCGUUGACAGGCAGUUUGACGUAAGCUCAAAAAGAGCGACGUAUACUUGUUACAGAAAUUCAGUCACGUCACGUCAGGGGAGACUAAUGCUGACAUGUAAUGAGUGUCUGUGUGACGUCAGCUCGAUUGUAACAGCAAUUUGAUGAGAUUUCUUUUUUUUUUUAAUUGAUUAUUUUUUAGACGAUAAACGUCGUAUGGGCCUAUUCCUUUGAUAGUGUGGGAAGCUGAGCAUAUUGGUUAGAAAGCAGGAUAGAGUUGUGUCAUAUUUUCUGCCAUAUCCGUUCCUGUAAAAUACACUUUUCCCGAUUUAGAUAACCAUGCUCACUACUGCUUUUUCUUGUCCCUGUGCGUAAAUGACAUAACUAUUCAGUGCAAAAAAUGGGUGAAAGAAAUGUAUAUCUUACACCCUCUUUCACGUGUCUAAUGCCAUGUACUACAAUGCAGUGACGUCACGAAAUCUGCAACAUUCUGAUGCCGCAAUGCGGAAACUACGACGCACUUUUGCGGUACAUGCAUAGUACCCAUAUAAAAGAACUAUAUUUGUAUGCGUAGUAAUUUGUACUCAGUGUAGUUAUGAGGUUCAAGUAUGACGUAUGAAAAACCGCAAGUCGAUUAAAAUGAUAACUUUAAAUAUCUCGGGGAAAUAUUGAUUUCUGCUGGCAACAAUGUUACAGUUUGACGGCAUAGAUAAUUCACGUUUUGACUAUAUUACUUGAAAAAAAAAUUCACAUAGUUUGUUUUGCUAAACUGCAAGAUGCCGACCAUCGUAGAUUUCGUCGGAGGUGUAAUAUUUAAUUUUGAUAGUGGUUAUGAGUGAAACAUAUUUACUUAUAUUUAAUGGUAGGUUGAUAGUGAAUUUUUCCCAUGUGGAUCAUUCAUUGGGGGGAAAUCCCCGGAGAUUCUUAGGUUUACCCUAAUUUAUUAUCCCUUAUGAAUGAAUUCUGUAUCAACUUUAUUACAUAUUGAAUAGCGUAAAGACAUUCUCCAUAGCAUAUACUCAAUAUACACUGUUAUUAUAUCAAUAUCUUGAUUUUAUGUUUAAUUAGACUAAUGUUUACCUAUAGAGGAAAGUGGUUACUAUGUAGUGUGUGACCGGAGAAUCUCGGUAACAGAAAAUUGGAUGUUUGUUUAUAAGUUGCUUUAUCUGAAAUUGUUGGUAAAUUGUUUUACCGAUGAAUGAAUGUAUGUAUUGUUUUCUUGUUUUUAUAAAAUCAAAUAGCUCAUCACUAGAUUACAAUUUUUUUUUAUCUUAAAUCGCAUUAAUUUUACUUGAUUUUCAAGGCAUUGCCUUAUAUUUUUAUCAUGCAUAAAUUAUUCUAUAUGCAUUGUUUCACUUUUCUUUUAUCAAACUAUGAGUGCAUGAUAUUUUACUUGCACACUGUAAUAAAACUCUUAA